AUGGUCGUCUUUGGUCUUCUCUGCAUUUGCAACCAUGCGUCCGGCAAGCCGGACCUGGACGUGGUGAGCUUUAUUUGCAGCGACACGCUCUUUUUGGGCACCGACGUGUAUCGAGCGUCCGUGCUCGAAGUCGUUCUCCAGUUGCAGGUGGGUACGCCGGCUUGCGGCAACAAUUACCACUUCCAGUCCACGUCGAACGGCGACACCUGCUACGGCCGUGGGGCGUGCGACGGGGCAUUCGCGCCUUGGGACUGCGAGAUGUGCCUGAACUUCGCCGGCAAUUAUUUGGGAGUCCGAUGUCCGCAGAGCGUCGAGGUUACGCUUCAGCUUCAGGAUUGCAGGAUCCGAUUCGAGAGCUACUCGUUUGUCGAGUGA